ACCUGUCACAUAUGGAUCAUGGGCUUUUGCAGGCACCCAAAAAAGCAAAGAAGAGGGCCGAAGGAGCCAAUUCAAAUGUCUUCUCCAUGUUUGAGCAGACACAGAUCCAGGAAUUCAAAGAGGCUUUCACCAUCAUGGACCAGAACAGAGAUGGCUUUAUCGACAAGAACGACCUGAGGGACACGUUCGCAGCUUUAGGCCGUCUGAACGUCAAACAGGAGGAGAUCGAUGAGAUGCUGAAGGAGGCUCCAGGGCCCAUUAACUUCACCGUCUUCCUCACCAUGUUUGGAGAGAAGCUGAAAGGGGCAGAUGCAGAAGAGACAAUCCUGAAUGCUUUCAAAGUGUUUGAUGGCGAAGGAAAGGGGACACUGAAAAAGGAUUUUUUGACAAAGAUGUUGACGACACAAGCAGACCGGUUCACUCCAGAAGAGAUGGAGCAGAUGUUUAGUGCGUUUCCUCCGGACGCAGCAGGUAAUCUGGAUUAUAAGAAUCUGGUCCAUAUCAUCACACACGGAGAAGAAAAAGACCAGGAGUGAAAAAUCUCCUGUCCACGCACUAUUUUACAAAACACGCUAUGUAAAACAAAUAUUGCUGAUCCCUCUUUUUAAACCAAACCUAGAAAAAUAGUGUUAUAUAUUACACGUGGCUUGAUUUUAUGUAUACAGAAAUUUUGGGGGAUAUUUUUGUGUGCAAAAUUAAGACUUUA